CAUGUUUAGAGAUUACUUUCACAAUGGCCUCCCCGGGUCUUGAACUUCUGUUUAACAGCAUAAAGAGUCAAUUCAAUUCGUGUCAGGAUGCCUUGAUAGCUGUGUUUCAUUGGGAGUUGAUAUCAAAAGGGUUUAAAUGUCUCGGAAACGGAGAAGAGAAACCAAGCAAUGCCACAGAGAAGGGAUCAGAGAGUUUGCCUGAAGGAUGGAAUACCUCCCCAAAUUAUUAUGUAAUGCGCUACUCAUCAAAAAAUGAUAAAGAGGCUGUUUACAUCUUGAAAGUUAUCCGUAUUGAUGAGGACCUUUUAGUCCACUUUAUGAAAGCUGGUACAGAUGUUGUGGAAAGUUUGAAUGUAAGGACAUCAGACUAUAGUACUGGGAGUGUGGAAUCCUAUGAUGGAGCAUAUACACAGUUAGAUGAGCUUUGUGCAUUGUUCAAAUCUACUAUUGUGGAUGCAGUUGUGAAACCUCAAAGCAGUAGUCAACCGGCUACGAGUCAGCAGAGGUCAAGAGAUCAAAGGUCAAGAUUAGAGGAGGAUGACCCACUUAGAGUUCCACCCAGACGACCUCCACAAAGGGCCCCUGGUGGUUGGAAUGAGCCAGAUGACCCAUUUUCCAUUGGAAGAGGUGAUCUUGACCCAUUUGCUGCAGGAAGAGGAGGAGGAAUGAUCUUUGACCCCAUGAGGACUGGUGUGCCAGGACUGCGACCUGAUCCCAGUGCCGGGCUACCACACAGACUUCCUCCGGGUGCUGUUCCACCAGGGGCCAGAUUUGAUCCCUUUGGACCCCCCGGACAGAGACCCGGGCCGGACCCCGACCACAUGCCACCCCCAGGAUACGAUGACAUGUUUAUGUGAGAAAUACAUGAUAGUGGAGCAUGUUUUAAUAUGGGAAAUACAGAUGGCGUGAAGGACAUUUAAUUUAUCGAGAAACACGUAGAAGGUGCGACUGUCCAUUGCUUUUCUCUUGUCCAUGGUGUUUUGGUUAGUUGUAAAGUAAUGCUUUGGAAGAGAAAUGCCUUUGAAUAUUUCUAUAUCUGACCGCUAGGUCCAAGUCUACACAGUACUAAAAAUUCUUGUCAUGAAUUUUUUUUUAUAGUGUAUUCAUGUUUAGCUUUCUCAAAAUCAAUACAUAGUAGCAUCGUUGUUUAUUAUGAACUCCACUUUUGCCGUAUGAAUUAUAGAAAACUGUUUUGUUGUCAUCCAGUUUUGCUUUACUGUUAUUAUGAAAUAAAUCAAUUAUCCCCGGAGAGAUCCAAAUAAUUGAUAAUGAAUCAAUGGGUGUUGGAUUCUUCUCUGUGCUUGAAUUUAAACAUUGAUCAUUUGUAAUUGUUAAAGGAAUAUUAAAUCAAUGAUGGCAAAAAUUCAAAAAA